UGAUUUUGACAUAAUUGUUAUCACUUCCUCUCAGUCCCCGCUCUGAUGGAAUUGGAUUGUUGUAGGUUCAUUUGGCUUUUCUUUUGUCCACGUACGUUCUUUCGAACUUGUAAUUAAAUUAGUAGUUAGUUGAAUCAACGCAGUACUUUCAAAGCACGAAUUUUUACUACCAAACUGCCAUAAAUGAGUGGCUUUACUAUUGCUAUCAGUGGCUUCAUUGCCACAUGUACUUAUCUCUUAACCGUGAGGAUGAUUCCACGGUUCAAGGACGUAUUUAUCAAAGCCAAUUUGUACGGUAAAGAUCUUUGUAAGCGAGAUCAGCCGCAGAUACCUGAGUCUUUUGGCGUUUUAAUUGGUUGCGCUUUUCUGGUGGCGAUGUUCUUUUUCAUACCGAUUCCUUUUACAUUCGAGGAGGCAGCGCUGCUAGACGUAAAAACAGGCGCGAAACCUUCAACUUUUCCACAUGAGGAGUUUGCCGAAAUGAUCGCAGCAUUAUUGUCUAUUUGCUGUAUGAUUCUUCUGGGUUUUGCUGAUGAUGUAUUGGAUCUGCGCUGGCGUCACAAGUUAAUGCUGCCCACAAUCGCCACCCUGCCAUUACUUAUGGUCUAUUAUGUGAAUUAUAACAUUACAACCGUUAUUAUGCCAAAGUUUGCAAGAUCACUGUUAGGCUAUUCUCUGGACAUUGGUGUUUUUUAUUACAUAUAUAUGGGUAUGCUUGCCGUUUUCUGUACGAACGCAAUAAAUAUCUUGGCGGGUAUAAAUGGAUUAGAGGUGGGCCAAUCACUUGUUAUUGGUGUAUCCGUUUUAUGUUACAAUUUUAUUGAACUGGCACUUGGCCAUCAAGUGGAUUGUCAUAAAUUCUCCAUUUAUCUAAUGCUGCCGUUUUUGGCGGUUUCGCUAGCGCUAUGGAAAUAUAAUAGGUAUCCAUCCCAAGUAUUUGUCGGCGAUACUUACUGCUACUUUGCUGGCAUGACCUUUGCUGUCGUCGGUAUACUGGGACACUUUAGUAAAACCUUAUUGUUACUCUUCAUUCCGCAAAUCCUCAACUUUUUGUAUUCGGUGCCGCAAUUAUUUCAUUUCGUGCCAUGUCCACGCCAUCGUUUACCGAAAUACGACUCUAAGACCGACCUACUGCACAUAAGCACUACAGAGUUUCAUCCGAAAGAACUGAACAUACUAGGCUUGCUAAUGGUACGUGCGCUCAAAACGGCGAAACUGAUCUCGUGGCAGGAAGAAAGCGAUGGACGAGUGAUCACCAACAAUUUUACGUUGAUCAAUUUUGUUUUGGUUGUUUUUGGUCCGGUGCACGAAAGAGUCGUUACACAAUUUUUGAUGGGUCUACAGGUUAUAUGCACCUUAAUGGCGAUGGUUAUACGUUAUCCUUUGGCAAGUUUCUUUUACGAUACAUAGAUAAAUCAGUUUUUUCUUUUUUAAAUUUUCUCUCGUUAACUUGAAACCAAAAAUUCUUAUUUGUAAGUGCAAACAUAUACAUAGGUAAAUGUACAUACGUUUAGAGCACUUUCAAAUUAUAUUACUUAUAUUCAUAAGUCUGAUUGUUAAUAAACAAUUGUAUUAAGAAACUACAUUAAACGAUAA